AGUGGACUUGUCUCUGACACAUAAUUCAAUAAACCAUUUCCACCAUGAUUCCUUUGCCAACUCUGGAGUUAAUAUCAACUCUAGAUUCCAAUUCCAAUUCCAACCCACAUGCCACCUGCAUUACUCACUACUUAUAAUUAUACUAAAAAUUCACCAAUUUCCAAGAUCUGAAACUCACCUCUUUCUCUGCAACUCUCACAAUUUCAUGGUUUUUUUGAAGUAACAAGAGAUUGAACAGGUGAAAAUGAAAACAAGAAACACCUGAAGUAAACCGAUUCCAAUAAUUCGCUUCAACUAUAGUUGUUUUUUUUCUCUUUUCCUAAAUUUUGAGCUCAAAUUUUGAGGAUGAGAUUCGUGGAAGACAAAGGAUGCUAUAGUAACCAUGGAUCAACAGCACAAGAUACUCCAAAUAGUAGUGCCAUCAUGUACUCAGAGUUUCACAAAGGAAAAGAUGUUACUACUAGUACUACUACUGCUACUACUACUACUACUACUCGUGUUUCGAAUCACCAUCGAAUAAAUAUGGGAAAACCAACACCUUCUAAGUGGGACGAUGCACAAAAGUGGCUGGUUGGGUUAUCGAAAGGCGGAGAAAAAAGCCAAUCAAAAAGCAAACCAAGAAACUCAAAUGCAGAUGAUUUGAGAUUGAUAGCACCUGUGCCACAAAAGGAGCAGGACUAUUCAAGUAGUGAAAAAGAAGAAGAAGAGCAUUAUGACGAUGAUCGAUGUCGCGAAUAUGUAGCAGAAGAAACCAAAAAGGUAGAAUGUGAUGAAUCAAUUUGGAGAAUGAAUAACAAUAAGGUUUUAGCUGAAAACAAAAACACAAUCCAUGUUCAAUCAAUAUGUUUUAGAGACAUGGGAACUGAGAUGACACCUAUUGCUAGUCAAGAGCCUUCAAGAACAGCAACACCUAUUAGAAACACAACUCCUGCUACUAGAAGUCCUAUUCAUUCUGGAACUUCAACUCCAAUGAUGGGUCAAAAUGGAUUAUUGCAAAUUGAAGCUGCAUCAGGUAAUGGAAGCAGCACAACAAGUAGACAAUGUGGAGAAGGCUCAAUUAGUCCUUGCAAGAUGGUUGAAAAGAAGAAGAGUGAUGAUCAAGUUACAAAAUUGAGUCCUCUAGAAUGUAGAGCUAUGGCUUGGGAUGAAGCAGAACGUGCCAAAUAUAUGGCUAGGUUUAAGCGUGAAGAGAUGAAGAUUCAAGCAUGGGAAAAUCAUCAGAUAAGAAAAGCUGAAAUGGAAAUGAAGAAAAUGGAGGUGAAAGCUGAAAGAAUGAAAGCUGUGGCACAAGAAAAGUUAACAAAUAAACUGGCUGCAACAAGGAGGAUAGCUGAAGAGAAAAGGGCAAAUGCACAAGUGAAGAUGAAUGACAAUGCUUUGAAGACUACUGAAAGGGUUGAGUAUAUAAGAAGGACAGGGCAUGUACCUUCUUCAUUCUCUUUCACUUUUAAGUUGCCUUCCAUUUGCUGGUAA